UCUCCGUACGGCAAGUGCUUGUGAACCCGUGCGGAUGGAUUCCCCCGAUCUCGGCAGAGGAGUUCGGCGGCCGAAAUGUGCCCGGUGUCGGAAUCACGGCGUAAUAUCAUGGCUCAAGGGUCAUAAGCGGAUGUGUCGAUUUCGAGAAUGCGCGUGUGCAAAAUGUAAUCUCAUCGCCGAGCGCCAAAGAAUUACAGCUCAAGUGGCAUUGAAACGCCAACAAGCGGCCGAGGACGCUAUUGCUAUUGGUCUUCGAGCGGUCGCCACCGGUACACCACUAUCCUACUUACCACCAGGGCCUAUUUUCGGGAUACCUCUGGAUAAUUCCAACAGACUACCUAGAAAGACACCACCAGAAAAAGCUGCUUCAGAAAAGGUUGAAAACGCACCGCCUUGCACUUCGCAGCAAAGCAAAUGCAAAUCCAGAUCCAGCGUCCGGCCGCCGUCUUCAGAAGAAUCUAGUCCAGGAGCUUUGCCAGCUGACUUCCGGCCCGGCCGUUUGUCACCUUUAGAGAUCUUACAUCGCAUUUUUCCGAACCAAAAGAAAACUGUCAUGGAACUUGUUCUUCAAGGGUGUAAUGGGGACUUAGUGAAAGCCAUCGAACACUUCCUUUCUGUAAAUGAUGCGAUGUUUUUACCCCAUCCACCAGUCACCUAUGGCUAUUCACUUGCAACCCAGGAUGUGCCUUUUGCUCCACGACCUGUGCCUCGACUUACUUUAGGAUCAAUUAAGUCAGCUUUCACUCCUCUUGUACCUCCAGCAGCUCAUACAACAACAGCUUCUCGUACCACGGAAGAUCCAACAUUGUUUGGAUCUGUACCUAGAUUAUCAGAAUCUUCACUUUAUGUUCCGUAUUCAAUUGCACAAACUUCUCAUUUGUUCUUACAGCCAUGCCCGACUGGUUGUCAACAAUGUAGACGAACGUUUGCACUUGUUUCUGAGACAGAAACCCAACUCAGGGCAACACCUGAUGAUCAACCACCACUGAAGGAGCCAUGUGGAAGGACACAAGAGGCCGUUGAUCUUUCUGAUAGAUCAUGGCAAACUGGCAGUCCUAAUGGUUGAAUGACUUCACAAAGCUUUCGCACUGUACAGACUUCAUUAGAUUCCUUGCUAUUUAUACGUAAUCCCGAGCCAUCAAGAUGGAAAUCAAUGGCAACAUCUGAUUGAGACACCUAAAGGGUGAUUUCAUGAAAAGUGUUUCUAUCACAAACAGCAUACAGCUUGUUGCAGACACGUGUAUUUAAAUAAUAGCAAAACUAUGAUAGACCUGGAACCAUAGCAUUAUUAAUAGCACUUUCAUGAACAAACUUGGAAGAUUUUCAGAAAUGUACAUUUCCUUAUACAAACCUGAUGAUCAACCACCGCUCGAGCCUUGUGGAAGGACACAAGACGCCGUAGAUUUUUCUGAUAGAUCAUGGCAAACUGGCAGUCCUAGUGGUUGAAAGACUUCACAAAGCUUUCAUACUGUACAGACUUCAUUAGAUUCCUUGCUAUUUAUUUACACCUGUGUAGUUAUUCCUAUAAUUGACAGUAUACAGGAAUA